CACAACAAUAUAUACAAAUGGCUGGUCGCAGAAUAACUUCAAUAACAGUCUUUUUCUGGUCUUAAAGCAGUGCGCUGCGUUGCCUCCGAACCGAUUUCCAAGCUUAAGUAAACGAGCGGCGUUCGAAACAAUUCUAGUCACGCGUAUCGCGGCGCUUAGUUGUAAACAUCGCCCGCCCCCUCGACACGCCACACACAGGAACGGAACACAACACCACACAAAGCAAAGGCAAGACUCGCGGCACAACAAUGGAAGAACUGAACAGCAUACUGCAGAAAACCAAAGAUAAAUCAACGCAAAAAGAGCAGGAUGAGAUUCUUCUGCAGCCCUUCACAUACAUACAACAGAUUCCUGGCAAACAAUUUCGCUCGGAGCUGGCCUUGGCCUUCAAUCACUGGUUGCUUAUACCGGCCGAAAAGUUGGCGCAGAUUGGCGAUAUUGUACAAAUGCUGCAUAAUUCCAGUUUGCUCAUUGAUGAUAUUGAAGACAAUUCGAUACUUCGCAGAGGUGUGCCCGUGGCCCAUUCAAUCUAUGGCGUGGCCAGCACCAUAAAUGCGGCCAACUAUGCCCUGUUUCUGGCCCUGGAGAAGGUGCAGCUGCUGGGACAUCCAGAGGCAACCAAAGUUUAUACGGAACAACUGCUGGAGCUGCAUCGAGGCCAGGGAAUGGAGAUUUACUGGCGGGAUAGCUUCACAUGUCCCUCCGAAUCGGAUUACAAACUGAUGACUGUGCGCAAGACUGGCGGCCUGUUCAUGCUGGCCAUUCGCCUCAUGCAGCUGUUCAGUGCCAACAAGGAGGAUUACUCAAAGCUGACGGCUAUUCUGGGCCUGUACUUUCAAAUACGUGAUGACUACUGCAACUUGAGUUUGAAAGAGUACACAGAGAACAAGAGCUUUGCCGAGGAUCUGACGGAGGGAAAGUUCGGUUUCCCAGUGAUCCAUGCGGUGCGUUCACAAAAGCAGGACAAACAGGUUCUACACAUAUUACGCCAGCGCACGCACGACAUUGAGGUCAAGAAGUACUGCAUCAGUUUGCUGGAAAAGCUGGGCAGUUUUCAGUACACGCGCAAGGUUCUCGAGACGCUGGAUGCGGAGGCGCGUGCAGAGGUGAUGCGUCUGGGCAGCAAUCCCUACAUGGACCGGCUGCUCAAUAAGCUGCUCUCGUGGAAGACCAGUGACAGUGCCAGCAUCACGCAAUCAAAUCAGAUCAAUCACAACAACGUGACCGCCCGCAACAGCCCCAACCAGAACACUCUUAACUGCAAUUAACAGCCAAAGAGGCAAAAGAGGGAGCAAUCGUGAAUUGCGAAUGGCGGAGCCUCUUUUGCUGCUAACCCAAGAACCGAGCCGAGGGCCAGGGCCACAGCCACAGCCAGAGCCAGUGCCUGCCUCAGUGCGCCCCUAAUGCGUUUUCUGCAAAAACUGAAAAUAUUCUGAGAUUUAUGUUUCCCUUUUGCUUCCCAGAAGGCUCACAAAUAGCCAACUUUAACUAACUAAAACUAAAUGUAGGGCAGAGAAGAAAAAAGAAAGGAAACGAUGGGAAGGGAAUGGAAAAGAGAAG